UUUGUUACUCUAUCAGUAUUAAAGAACCAAGAUCUAAGUUUGUUUUCUAUGCCUAAACCAGUUGAUAGAGGGUAUUUUCUAGUGAAAACCUAAGUAAUUUCUAGCGUGUAAUUUCUGUCUUUUUGAAGAAAUGGGGAAGAAGAUAAUGGUUGAUGAAGGAUUAAUGAACAAGAACACUGCCGCAACUCCGAGAAGUCACAUGGAACUUGAUUCUGGACAUAUAGUUACAAAUAGUUGGAAACAGGCCCAAGCAAAUAACAGGGAUUCAACACCUCAGAAAGGUCCAAGGGUAACUUUAUCUCACAGGAAAAGCCCGAGGCUGAUUGAAAAAGCUAAAAAGAUAGUUGGUGUUAAUUUAGCAAAGAUGGUUCUGGAUUUUGAGAACUAUGUUGAGGAGCCGACACAGGCUAGUAGUCAGGGCAUUGUGAAUCUAGAUGAUGAUUCACUAGGCACUGAAUUCUGGAAAUCAGCGGUGGAUAAAGUAGAUGUUGUUGAAGAAGCUGUCAAUGCGACUAAGGAAUCAGUGUUGCACCUUCAGAAUCUUAAUGCAGAUGAUUGUCACCCGGAAGACCAACCAUGGAGACAACCACUCAAAUACAGUGAGGGUGAAGAUGAUGCAGAUUGGAAGGAGUUUUUACACAAUUUUAGUAUGAAAAGCAGUGCUGGUAAGGAUAGUGAGGAAGACGAUGAAGAUGAUCAUUAUGACCAGUUGUUGGAGACGGAUGAUGAAGUUGAAGUUGUCAAAGAAGUUAAGGAACCACUGAUUGAUUUUGAGAUUGAAAAGGGUAAAGGGAAGGAAAUUUCUAAUGGAUCGGAAGAUGAUUAUGGUCCUGAAAUGGUUGGUAGGCCAUUACCUAAUCAUGAAGUUAGAGUGGUUGAUAAUGGGCAACAUUGGUUUGAUGACAGUGAUUUUAAAGAUUUCCUUGUUGCUGCUGAUUCAGUGGAUAAUGAGUUAUUCCCUGAACCAGAAAAUGAAGUACAAGUUGUAGUUGAUGACAGAAUUGAUGAGAGGAUGGAAUUUCCAGACAAGACCGCUUUUAAGAAACAUCUCAGAAAAUACUGUGUAUCUACUAGGACAGAAUGCAGGUUUAGUAAGAGUGAUAAUAUUAGAAUCAAGGUUGUGUGUAAAGGCUUUGGAGAUCCCAUUCUAUGUCCGUGGUAUAUAUCUUCAAGGAGGAUCCCUGGUGAGGCGACUUGGAGCAUAAGAGAUUUCCACUUGCACCAUACUUGUAUUGGGGAUCCUUAUGGGAGGAAUUCAUGUGCAAAUCCAGAAUUUGUAGAUCAACAUGUGAUCAACAAGCUAAGGGAGUCACAUGGAAAGAAUGUACCUAAACCUUCUGAUAUUGCUGCCGAGUUUUGGACAAGCCACAACACCUUGAUCCCGUAUCACGUUGCAUGGAAGGCUAGAAACAAUAUGUUGGAGAGGAUAAACGGAAGCUUUGAUGAGAGUUUUAGACUCAUACCAAGUCUGUGUGAAAUGAUCAAAAGGACUAAUCCCGGAUCAAUUUCUACUUUCACUUACGGAAGAGACAAUCGCUUUGAAUCUGUGACCAUAUCUUUUGAUGCCCCAAUGAGGGGUUUUAUAAAUGGUUGUAGAAAUGUGGUUGGGCUGGAUGGUUGUCACCUGAAGGGAAAGUAUGGUUGUUGUCUACUAUCUGCCACUGCUCUUGAUGGGCAUUAUGGAUUGGUUCCUUUGUGUAUCAUGGUUUGUAGAAACGAGUGUGCGGAGAACUGGUUCUUAUUCUUGAAUAAUCUCAAGCAUAGAUUGGCUGAUCAUCCCGUUGAGCCAAUCAACUUCAUAUUUGAUAGACAGAAGGGUUUGAGAGACGCUGUCCAAACGUUGUUCCCUACUUCACCACAUAGGUUCUGCUUCAGGCACAUGUAUGCAAACUUCAAAAUGCACUACAAGGGAUCUAAACUACACACACUAUUCUGGAAUGCUGCUAGAGCUUAUAAGCCUAAACACUUUCAGCUGCAUGCAAUGGAAGCUGAGAGGUUUCCCCUGUCAACACGCAGUCUGUGCUCUGCAGCAAAUCAGGCCCAAUUGGGUUGAGUAUUGUGCCAGAUACUACUCAGUGGAUAACUACAGGACCACCUAUGCCCCUGAUAUGGUGCCAUUGGAAGGGCCUGAGGACUGGGAUGAGACAAGAACAACUAUUGUUCCUCAAUUGCUCAUUAGGAAACCAGGACAGGAAGAACAGAAGGAAGGCCUAUAAUGAGACCCUAUCCGAGAAGAAAGUCAGGUGCUGCAGCAAAUGCAAGCUGCCUGGUCACAACAAGACAACUUGUCCUGGUGGUGCAAUUGGCUCUAAUACAAAUAUAAAUAGGUCUACAUCUGAAGAAGGCGGACUGGCAUUUCAAUCCCAAUCAUCAUCACAAGCUGGAAGUGUUGGUGGUUCUAUGCCUGCAACGAAGAAGCCAAGAAAAGCUACGACUCAGCAGUAGUGUUCACUGAAGAUUUACUUGAAACUAGUUUUGAUUAGGAUGUCUUUUGUUUGCUUUCAAGUGAGACCUAUGAAACUUCCUGCAUUUGCUCUGUUUAUUUGGUUAUGUUUUAGUUUAGCUUUUACUUUGUAUGGAUAUUAGCUACCUCCCAGAGAUAUUGUUUUUGGAUGUUUUGAGUAUUGGAUCUUUGAUUCAAUGUUAUCAAUAAAUGGCAGUAUUAGUGUCA